GCGAAGGCAAGCGCAAGCUUUCAGUGGAGAGGGACAGAGCCUGCCAGAGAGAGUGAAGAGCGGGGAAGUAGUGCUGAACUCAGUCACACUUCUGUUACAUCCACUGAGGGGGGGGUUUAUAAACAGCCCACUACCUCUUUAACCCUGAAACCAUAUACUCUUCUUAAAAUAUAUAUAUUUAUAUAUAACCAGGCAAGGGGCAACUAGAGAGUGGGUCAGCAUUGAUUAACCCCUCACACACCAUCAGCCUCUGAAUAAGCCUUAUUAUUAUUAUUAUUAGGCUCUCACUUUGAGUGGUCUGGAGGCCACAGUCUGUCAUAACAGAAAGGGAGGGAGCAUGGGGCUGUGGGAACCCAGUGCUUAGCCCCCCCAGCCCCCCAUACUGAAGCAGCCUGCCCUCCUGUUCUGAGCUGGGUGAAUGUGGCUGCCCAUAGAGGAGCAGCUCCCUGCCAGCCAGCAGCACUAUGCCCAUUUUACUCUUCCUGCUAGAUACCUCCGCUUCCAUGAACCAGCGCACUCACCUGGGCACUACCUACCUGGACAUAGCUAAAGGCGCUGUAGAGACUUUCAUGAAGGUAUAGUACCCCUAGCACCAUAGAGGGGGGGGGAGGGUGGCAGGGACCCCCCUCUCUCUUGGAAUGAGGGGCUGCCUAUUGCUUGUGUAAUGUCUGGUGAUUGCUUUAUUUAUUAUUUCACUGCUGACCCCCAUGUGCCCCUCUCUGUCUCCCCAGCUCAGAUCCCGGGACCCUGCUAGCAGAGGAGACAGGUACAUGCUGGUCACCCUGGAGGAGCCUCCUUAUGGUAUCAAGGUAAUCAUGCCCUAUGCUGCACUCACACCCUGCCCCCAUGCUAUGCCCCCCAUGCUGUGCCAUGUGUGUGCCAGGGCUGGCAGCAUGCAGCCUCUCUCCCAGCAUACACACAGCAAGGAGCUGACAGAAACAUGGCCGACAUCCCCCCCCCCCCUCCCAAACAAACCAGCAGCAGUAGUGCACUAUGGGAGAUGUGGAUUCUAGUUAAAAGUGACAUCCCCACUGGGAGUAUGCAUUGCACGGCACAGGCCCUGGAGUGUUAGGGCUGCUAGGCAGAGGCUCUGCAAGUCCCCAGCUCUCCUAAUCAGCACAUCUCAAUAUUAUUACUGUCAUUUUCGUUACCAGACAGUGUUGCUGCCUUUCAGAGUUGCAUAGUCUCCUAGGUGGAAUACAGAAAAAGGCCAUCAAGUUUAACAGAUUUUAUUUAGUGGGGUGGAAAAAUUCCCAUUUAAUUAUAUUUGUGUGCGCAUAUAUAAACAUAAUUUUUUUUUUUUUUUAUCUCUGAUUUGGAAAGUAACAGGGAAGAAGGAUGUUAAAAUAUUUAGUUUCUGAAAGUUUAUAACAAGCCUCUGAUAAACGUUUAGGUUGACUGAAUGUGAAUUUACAUAAUUCUCCCAAUUUUAAAAAUAAACUGUUUUUUGGCGCACUAUGCGGUUAAAAAUAUAUAUAUAUAUAUUUUUUUAUAUAUUUAAAAAAUAUUUGCUUUUAUACAAUAGGACCACAAAAUAAUAGAAGGAAAAAUGCCUUUAAACUUACCUGUAAUUCAGCACUUGUGGUUUUGGUCCAAUGUAAUUUAUGAUCUUGGUCCAAUACAAUACUUUCUAUACAGAAGCAUUGGGGGCCUAUGGUAUAUGUGUAGCGAUUGCUUCACCUAUCUGAUGAUUCUAAUGGAAAACACUAUAUCCAAUGCUUCUUUGUCGGAGGCAUUAGUCAAGUCGUAAUGCUGGGCAUGAGGACGCCAAAAGUAAAGACCUUUGACUUUUGUAGAACUUCAUGAGGACGUGCGUCUAACGUCGUGUGAAAACAAUUAGAGGUGGUCUGUCAUAAAUGUAAACAUUGCCAAAGGAUCGGAGCAAGGUCUAUGCAUCAAAACCUCUACGUUAAGAUUAUGCUUUUCUUAGAUUGUCCUUUUAAAUGCUUUUGUAUCACUCAGUGCUCUUUACAUCAUCUUCAUAAUGCAAUAUAAAGGACAAAAGCAUUUUCAAUAUCUAAACUGUAAGUCAGUACAUUUUUGCCUUUAGGUGUUUUUAGUUCUCAUGGCAUUGGUACAACAAAAUGGCAAGUGUCUACUUGCAGUCAUUUGAAACCUGUGUGGCCUGUUGUCUCUUUUUGGAUAGAAUCAGGGGUCCUCACUGAACAAUUUGGACCAAAAUUCUUGUUCCAGGACAAUGCAAACUUAUGGAAAAAAUGGCAGUCAAAAUAAGCUUGUUUCUUUCUCCCGUUUAACUCCUUCAGGAGGUUAUACAAAUUCUAACGCAUAAAAGAUUAGAAUAAUUUUUAAAAAUUAAAAAAAAAAGUUUAAACAAAUCUAGAAGCACUGUUUAUGAAAUCCGAUGCAGCUGCUGCCUUUGCACGGUUCAAUCAAAUGCUUCUCAAAGAAGCAUUUGAACGGACAGUUUACACUAGCUUAGAGUGCUUGCACACACUGAGUCGAGGGCUUGGGGUGGGGGACAGGGAAGGUAGAGAGGGUAUUGGGGGGUGGGGAGGGAGAUGGGAUAUUGGCAAUAUAGGGAGAUGGAGACAAGUGCAAGGGCUUAAAGUACCACUAUAGGCACCCAGACCAUUUCAUGAGAAUGCUUUCCUAUGGACUGACUGUGCGCGCGGCUCUUGCCAUGCAUGCGCAUUCAGCCUAUGACGUCCAAAGGAGGAGAGUCCCCAGCGCCAAGAGAGCUGGAGAAAGGUAAGUGUUUAACCCCUUCCUCCGCCUUCAGCACCGGCGAUAGGGGUGCCAUGAGGGUGGGGGCACCUUCAGGGGACUAUAGUGCCAGGAAAACAAGUUUUGUUUUCCUGGCACUAUAGUGGUCCUUUAAUUUAGAGAGGGGAGAUACAGGUAGAUACCAGCCAACAUUAGGCAGAUUGCCUAAGUUACAUGUGCUGGGUAUGUAACUAUCUUCUGGCACAAAAUAGAAUAUAUCUUUGUAUGUGCAGCAGAUUUACUGCACAAAAUAACUGAACAUGGCAAAAAGUACACGCUACAUACACUGCUCAGCCAUAACAUUAAAACCACUGAUAGGUGAAGUAAAUAGCAUUGAUCAUUAUAUACAGUGGCACCGAUCAAUGAAUAGGCUAUAUUGGGCAGCAAGUGAACAGUCACUUCUUGAAUAUCAUGUGUUGGAAGCAGGAAAAAUGGGCAAGUGACUUUGACAAGAACCAAAUAGUGAUGGUUAGACAACUGGGUCAGAGCAUCUCCACCACAGCAAGUCUUGUGGAGUGUGCCUGGUCUGCAAUGGUUAGUAUUUACCAAAAGUGGAAGGGCAACUGGUGAGCUGGCAUCAGGGUCACAGAUGCCCAAGGCUCAACUCUGUGCACAUUUUUCUACACAGAAUUGCAUUCAUUAGCUGAGAGUGGUCAGCUGAUGCCCUGAGCCAAUGGAUGGUUAGCAGGACUGACUUCUGCAACUCUGCAGAAGUUGGAUUCUGUCACUGGCCAUUGGGGACCCUGGUAAGAGGCAGAAUGUUGCAAAAUGGUUUACCACGUUACUGAGAACCGUGCCAGGUACUCCUGGCAUCAUAACCACUACAACGGGCUUUAAGCAACAUCGCAACUUUGCAUUAUGGGAAAGUUGAUGGUGUUGAAUUCCUUGCUUGCAGUAAUUUAGAAAAUAAGUAGUUUGUAAAAAUAGAUGCAGCUCUAAGACAGACCUUUCAGGCAGCUGGUAUGCUCAUUACGGCCACGCUGAAAUUCGCUUUGUUAAAGGUGUAUGUGCUUGGCCUAACUGACCGGUCUCCUAAGACUUGCGGCACUGCUAAAUGGUGAAUGGGGCUUUGAGUAAAAUGAUAGCUGCUGCAUUAUGGCUGGUAUCCAUGUAUAGAGCAGUUCCACUUGUCCUAUAUGCCCUUUAGGGAUAAACCUAAUUAUGCCACAAACUUCUGCUGAACAGAAAUUUGUGGCAGAAGAAUAGAUACCAAUACCAAAAUGAUAUGCUCACGUUUGGAGGUAUCUGCUUGGCAGCUGCAGGCAGAGCCAAUCACCGUAUAUCUGCUGCGAUCUUUAAAGGUAGGUAUGUCCUAUUUUCUUAAUGCAUUUUAUAGUUCACUACAAAUAGGGAAUCCUGCCCCCCUAUACUUUCCCUUUAAGAUUAAAUGUUUUCUAUGGAAUUUUUAACAAUGUGGCUGCAUUUGAUUUAAAUGUUUUGAACCGAGUGACAUUAGAACUAUGACUAGCUGGAAAAAAAAAUCAAGCUUAUCAGCUGGAUAGUAGUGUAGGUUAGCCUUGGGAAUCUGAAGGACACGUUUCUUACCUUUCUCUUUACAGGCCGGAUGGAAAGAAAAUCAUGCGACAUUUAUGAAUGAACUGAAACAUCUUCAAGCAGUAGGACUCACCACCCUUGGCCAGUCACUAAGGACAGCCUUUGAUUUGUUAAAUUUAAAUAGAUUAGUAACUGGCAUAGACAACUAUGGGCAGGUAGGUUGCAUAUUAUGGUGAACAACCAUGUUAUUCACGGAUACUACACAUAGUGAUUUAUGUUUUAGACCCAUUGUGAUCAAAGCUGGUAGAGGGGAAAACACAAUUUCAGUGCCUUUACACUGAUCACAGCCAAGUAUCUUUUUGUUGGCUUAUUUUGCAGAGAAAGUGAUUUAGAUAAAAAUGGUUUACUAGACCCAUUUUACCAUCUAUCAUAAACCAUAGCACAGUUUUCAGUGGUUCUGAACCAGGCUUUUGUGUAAAAGGAUGGCUGCAACUGUGAAACUUGGAAUUAAAUUGACAACCCCACCCCCAGGACAUUCAUCUGGCAUACUUGCUAGUGUGGUAAGAUAGUAUUUUUUCGCUUUAAUCUUUCAUUUCAAGCAUGUUUGUUUUUCAAAUGUUGACCCGACCCACCUUCCAAAAUAUACUUUCUGAAAGACAGUGGUAUUAUACCCAAGUCAUACUGUGGUGGCUGACUGUUCAUGUGGUGCAGUAUUCCCUUUUAUAUGUAGAGUUUCUAUGUAAAUAUGCAUAAUAAAUCUGGAAGUAUCAUCUGCAUUAAUGUUAAUAGAUGUUUCACUGUUUUGUAUUUGCAAGGAAAACCUAAUUGGUUCAGUAUAGCUUGUCGUACAUUGCUUAUUCAUAGUGUAGAUGUCAUGAAACGGAGGUAGACUUACACAUCAUCCUUUUAUAUUUCUAGUAAAGCUGUUGAAUCUGGGCUUUUCUAGAAAUGAUACUUGCAUCUGGAUGAGUUAUCUUGCUUUCUUUGUUUCAGCAUUUAAAACAUGCAUUCAGUGAAAUCUGUUCAUGGAUUUAAAAUUUAACACUAGGCAGGUAAAUGCUGUGUGUUAGCUGUAGUCUGUGCUGUUUAAUCAAACAAAAUAAAACACUUGUUAAAAAUGCAUUGUUUGUAGAUGUAUUAGAAAAAAGUUGCUUAGCUUUAAAGUUUCCCUCUUUAAUAGUAAAGUGCACUUAAGGAGUUUGUCUGCAGUUGUUGUUGUUGUCAGGCCCCUCCUACUCAAGGAUUAGGUUCCCUAAUAAGGUUCCACAUGUGGUCUACGGGGACAAAUCUUCUUCCAUAGACCGCUUAUCCCCAAAGAGCUUUUUCACCUAUCACGUUAUCACAGAGGUAGAAUUAUUCUGUAGAUGAACAAUGGGGACCAAAUUGAUAUAAAACUACCCCAUACUAGAUGCUCUGGGUAACUGAUUGACCGCCCAAGUGGGCUGCCUUAUCGCAGCAGCAAUUUUCUACAAUUGACAGAAAAAUUGCUGCUUCUAUAAGCCUCUCUUUGAAAUGACUUGAUCCAUCUCUAAGGACUAUGUAAUAAUGGUCUUCAGACUGUUUUAAUCAAUGGUUUGCCUCCUUACCUGUGUCCCUGCUGGAUGCUCAUUCCAGACUCUACUGAGCUCUGGACCAGGGGUAGUCAACCUUUCAAUAAUGACCGCCCACUUUUGUAUCUUUGAUGGUAAAAUUUCCUUAGCACUCAACAGUGACACAGUAACUAAUUUUAUAGCACAAGUUCAAUUUUUUUUUUAUUAAGAAAGGGUUUUUUUUUUUUUUUUUUGUGCGCGGUGUGAAGGGUGCGCUGUGUGUGUGUGUGGUGCGCGCUGUGUGUGUGUAGGGGGCAUAGGGUCUUUGCUGUGUGCAGGUGGGUGAGAUGUGAAAAUCUAUCUUAAUGUCUCCCCUCCCUUUUUAUCUGGCACUUUUGGAAUUAAGUGCCAGCGGACCGGUGAGGGAAAUCUCACCAGCCCGAGAGGGGUUACAGCAAGGCAAGCUAUGCAUAUGGGCCGGCAGGGGAGAUGAAAGGAUCUCCCCUGCUGGCCUUAGUCCAUGGCCAUCGAGGCCCACUGGGCAUUUUCUGAAGAACUCACCACCGCCCACCUGAAAUCCCAAACCGCCCACUUGUGGGCGGUAGGGACCAGGUUGACUACCACUGCUCUGGAUGAAUAUGUAGUCACCAUUCAUUGGCUGACUGUGUUGGCUCACCACUCUGCACAGAUUUGACAGCCAGGCUGGCUGAUGCCCCAGUAAUACUGCUCGAGGUGGAAUUAGAGCGCCUGCAACAGAGGGUUAAAAGAAAACUGGUCACCUUUUUAAACUACUGUAUUCUUUACAUUGAAUAAUCCUAACUUCAGGUUUUGAAUGGACAUAUAGAUUUAAAUUUUUUUUUUUUUUAUGAAUUAUAUGUAAAAAUGCGAAUUUUGUCCCUACUUUUAGUGUAAGAGAUGAUCCUUGAGCCACAUACAUGAAUCUCGGGUCAGAAAGCGUUUUGAAAACAGACUGUUUGUUUAGUCUCUGUGAUUUUGUUUGUUUAUUUAUUUUUUUCCUGCUUCACUCUGCACAGAAACAGACCGCAGGGACUAACUGUAGAUGUAAAACACUGUGACCCAAAGUGCUUCUAUAUGGCUGAAAGAUCCUCUCAUAUACUAAAGGCACAGUGUUCAUCACUGCCCCAGGAAGCACCACUAGUAGCCACUUGAGUGGUUACUGGAGGUGUCCAUAGGAUGGAAUGUAAACACUGCCUUUUCUCUGAAAAGACUGUUUACAACAAAAAGCCUGCAUGGACAGGCUAUACUCACCAGAACUACAUUAAGCUGUAAUUGUUCUGGUGACUAUAGUGUCAUUUUAAUUAAAAUGAAUUGCAUAUAUGCAAGCUCAUGUUACUGAUUCAUUAAGUUUGUACUUGUUUGCUUAGCACUGUCACAUAGCAAUCAUAAGGUGGAGUCCUUCUAGGAACAAGUCCUGUCACUUCUCCAGAAAUAACUCACCAAUGCUGCACACCCAUCUGAAUCAAAAGAGAAACCCUUUAUUUUCUUUACUUUUCACCAGUGUGUGUGUGUGUGUGUGUGUGUGUGUGUGUGUAUUUUUUUUUUUCUUGACACAUUCUUCUACAUGAGCAUAUCUACUAAACGCAUUGGAUUUGCUAUUCUGAUAAGCUUUAACCUGCCUUGUUGGCAUCUGAGAAAAUCCAAUGCAAUGUCCUAACUGCUGUCAGUGCUGCUAAGCUGAGUUAGGUGGGGAAGUGCAUGCUGCUUGAUUUGUUCUUGUUGUAGUAGGGCAUUGCACCUCUUGUUCUACUUGCCUGUCCAGUCUCCCCAAGUUAUCACAAUCUCCUCUAAAAGUAACUUGCAAUUCAUGUAUUAAACUAGAUUUGUGGGGGGUUUUAUGCAGAGACUGCAUGGGUAAGCUAGAGUUGCAGAAAGUGCUCAAAGGUUCUGCUGUAGCGCUCUGGAUCAAAAUUAAUUGCUUGUAUUUAUACACUGUAUGUGGAACCUACUGAAUAUAUAUUUCCUUGCACAGUUUUGGACCAAUAUAUCUAUAUUAGGAAGGCAUGCAUGCUAAUGUGCAGUGUGAUUCUAAUUUACAGAUCUUUUUUUAAUCUAAAUUCAAGUUCCUAGGUUUUAGCUUGUUUUUUGUUUGCUCUGUGAAAGUCCUUUUCCUGGAAUAUUUCAGUAUGCGAUACAAUGCUCCUGUUACUGGAAUUUCUUCUCCAUUAUUUAAUUUUAAUUAAGUGUUCUUGCAUAGCAAGACCACUUAUUGUUAUCUCACAUAUAUAUUAUUAUUCUUAUUAUAGCCAAAUUUGCCACCCUAACUCCACCCACAGUUUUUACACUACAUAGACAAAAAUUUACCAAAACGUGCAGAUUGUUCCCGAUCGGAUUGCUAUUACUUUGUGGAACGUUUCGCCGAAUGGUUCACGGAAUAUCGUCGUUCUUGUGGCGAAAUUUGUCCCAUAGGAAUGAAUGGCAAAGCUAGAGUGGGAGCUGGCAAAAGCUGAAAAAUCAGGACAUGAUUUCUAAACUGCCACCACUCCCUUAUUUUCAGGCCCACCUACACAAAUCAUAUAUCAAAACGUUCAGCUAUCCCUGCUGCCACUAAACAUGUCAAUGGCUAAGCCAUAGUCCUGAUAGUUUUCACAAUAUAAUCAUUUGUUUGCAACUAACGCCGUCCAUUGACAUUCAUUGAAACUUCACUCUACAAAGCUCAAAUUUGAAGUGCAAUUUGUAAACUGCGACUGUGCCUUCAUUAUUAAUACUUCAGAGACAUACUAUGCAUCAAAAUGUAGGUCUGGGUCUUGUGAUUCUCACAAUAUAAAGCUCUUCGCUGUAGGAUUUAUAGUUUUUAAAAUACGACCGUUUGAAGAUGGCAACCGCCAAAAUACUCUGACCUGUGCCAGGCUGCAGCAGCAAGUGAUGUCAUAGACAGGGCCUUUUGAACACCUGCUAAUGUUUUUAUAAAUGUAUGGUUUAAUGUAACUGUGCAACAACGUUGCAAUUAAAUGUGCUAUAUAAAUGAUAACAGUUACUCCGCCCACUCCAGUUGUAGACUACUGGUGGAGGCAAGAACACUUCACACAAUUUCCCCAGAAAUUGUAGCUUUUCUAGUUUUAUUUAUAUUUUUUUUAGCUCAUGAAAUUGUCAAACUUAUACAUACAAAUCCCUUACAGUAAAAUGGAUGAUGUGAAUGGCCAUCACUUCGCUUAGCCCAAUGUUGUGCAUCCUUCACGGUUUGCAAAAAACAAAUAGGGAGGUAUAGAUUGCAAUAACAGUAUUCCUACUAUUAUGCUGACACAACACAUGUAAAAUGCACUGUAAGAAUUUAUUUACAAGUCCAUGAACAAUCUCUUUUGAGGAUUCCCAUACUGCUUGUUGCCAUGCUCCAAUUGCACUAAUUUACACAUUAAAUCUGAAGCAUAAGUGUGGCAAUGGAAUCUUCCAUAGUGAAGUAUAAUUAUUCCAUGAAUUAUAUAUUUUCACACCAGUAUUUAAAACGUGUUUUUUGUUUUUAAAGCACAGAAUUGGUGCCUAACAGCAUAAAAUCAGUCUAGCUGCUGUUAAACAUAUACACCUCCUGCAUAUAUGUUUCACAGUGGCUAGACCUUGAUUUUGUGCUGGCAAUUUGGGAUCCAGAGAACAAGGCAUAUAUAUACUACCAGGGGCUAGACCAUGAGUCUGUGCUGUGAUUUGACUGCUGAUUUGUACCAAGUUUGUGAGGAAGUCUUUAAUACCAGUGUGUUUUUAACUGUAUGGAAUAAAUAUAUUGCUCUAUGGACUAUUCCAUUGUUUGUUAUAGAUUAAAUGUAUGAGUGUAUAUUGUUAUGCACUGUAUUAGUGCUGGGUAGGGCCCAAGCAAAAACUUUUAGGUAAAUUAAUUUGUGAAAAGUGUACAUACUUCUGUAUGUUUUACCUCUAAGUACGGUAGACUUUUUACAAAAACAAGGCCUAGGUCUGCGCUAGGGUAAUGCAUUUGAGGUAGGUUAAGAUUUAUACUUUGUUAAAAUCAAACCAAAUUUAAAUAGAUUACAAUAUGUUGGAGCAAAAUGUCAUCUCUGACAAAAAUAGCUUCAUUUAGCAUGAGGUUUAUUGUAUCAAAACAUUCUUAUGUAUGUUUUCGGUGCUUUAUACCAUUCUGUUAAGUUGAAGAGGCUCCUAGAUUUCAUUGUGUUGUGUGCUGUGGUUUGCAUGUCUGAAUUUGGGUGUGAGAUUUGUCAUGCUAUCACCAGGGGGCAGACUAAUGCAUUCCAUUUGCAUAGCGUACAAGCUUGUCUGUCUGAAGAAUUAUGCAUUUCUGCAGUAAUAUACAGACAGGAUGGCUUUCCCCCCACCUCUCAACAUUUCAUGCCAAAUGCAUGUUGGAUUAUAAGAUGCGUGCUUUUGUGUUUAAUAUCUUGGACAGCAGAGUUAAUUUUAAUACUGAAGUAGAACAUUUGUUUUAAUAAUUAUGCAGUGGCAGUUAAUCUUACCAAGUAAUUGUAGUAUUUGUGAACCUCUAACAAUGUUUAUGCAUAGAAUAUGCAUUGUACAUUAUAAUUUAUAGUGUCAACAUAUGUUGCAGCACUGUGUGUGUGUAUGUAUAUGUAUGUGUGUAUGUGUGUAUGUGUGUGUGUGUGUGUGUGUAUGUAUAUAUAUAUAUAUAUAUAUAUAUAUAUAAAUGAGACAAUCCUGCCUAAACGAGUUUACGUUACUACAAUGUAUUGCCUUGUUAACUUCUAACUUUCUAAACAAUGAAGUUCUGAUAUUGAGUAACUUAAGAUGUUAGGAAAUGGUCAAAUAGGGUAUUGCGAAUUUAAGUUUUACACUAGGAAUAAUGCUUGGGUUAUCUCACUAAGUGUCUUUAUAUACAGUUCUGGUAUUUUGGUUUGAAGUAUUUGUUGGCCUUUGUCUGAUUUAAAAUUACAUUUAUGACUUCAAGUCAACACUGAUAUUUGUGGCUUGUCAUGGUCUUGCAAUGUUUAGGUGUAGAACCAUUUGUUGGUUGAUAUAGAAGACUCUACUUUUUACCCUUGGAGCGACUGUCCAAUUUGUGACCAAACAAGAACACCAUGUCAUUAGACUACAACAUAGUGAAGCUUCAGGGAGGACCCAUUGACAUCCAGUGACUGCAUAUUUUUAUUUAUUUUUUUGAUUCCCAGGUUUCCCAUUAUGCCAGGGGUCAUGAAUGCACACUAGCUCUCUAUUAACUCUAUGAUCUUAGGUCGGAUAAGCAGUGCUUCUGUCCAGAGGACUUAAAGAUGGCCGUCACACAUGAAGCAAUUCUACCCCAAGGAGAUAUUUACUUAUCUUAAUACAUUACAAACAAACAUGCAAAGGCUACAAUACCGAUAAUAGUUCAUUUCAUCUGAUAAUGAAACACAUGGGCUUCAUCUGACUACACAAUUAGCUUUAUUAAUUGUGCACUUUUAUUUGAACAUUGCACACAAUACUAUGGUGGGUGUGUGUAUUGGGGGGGUGGGUGUGUGUAUUGGGGGUGGGUGUGGUGUGGGUGUGUAUUGGGGGUGGGUGUGUAUUGGGGGUGGGUGUGUGUGUGUAUUGGGGUGGGUGUGUGUGUAUUGGGGGUGGGUGUGUGUGUGUGUGUGUGUGUGUGUGUGUAUUGGGGGUGUGUGUAUUGGGGGGUGUGUGUGUGUGUGUUUGGGGGUGUGUAUUAGGGGGGGGUGUAUUGGGGGGAGUUGUGUGUGUGUGUGUGUCCGUCCCCUCCCCCAAAUUCUAGUCUUGGACACAAAUCUGAAAUGCUUUACAGAUACAGGUUUUAUAUAAUCUAAGUGAAUACAUUUUCUCCUGCAGGGAAGGAACCCUUUCUUCUUGGAGCCAGCAAUAAUUAUUGCAAUAACUGAUGGAAGCAAACUGACCUCAACCAGCGGCAUUCAAGAUGAAGUAAGCUUUUCUGCAAUACAAUGCCAUUACUCUGUUAUAAUUUAUAAAACUUGCUUUAUCUUUUUGAUGCGGGCCAUGUGAAAUGCCAUCAAGUCAUUACAUUUAUCUUGUAGGCUGAACAGGCCACAGGUCGACCCUUCAAGGGCCGCAGGUUUCCCAUCACUGCUGUGAAGAAACCACUUUAUUUGGCUUCAGUGGAUUAAUGUAAAUAUCGAUUUGUUUAUUUGAACACAAUAGUAACUUGGUAUGUACCUCAUGGCGUGCUUAUAUCCAUUUUUUAAAUAAAACAAGACACAACUGUAUGAUGUAAAUUGUGUGAAUUUCUAAUUUUAAACAGCAAAGUAAAAUGCAUACAGGGUUGAACUAGCAGUGAUUCAACUGGGCCAUAGGGCUAUCCCACUAAGUUUGUCCUGCAGCCCAGUGUUGGCCUUUAUUUGAACAGUAAGUGUCCUGACUACAUGUAUGUGAGAUUACCACUGCUAGUUAGCACUGUUUGGGAGCAGCAUUGGUCCAGUAAUUGACUUACUAGUCCAUUGCCAGGGUAAGAAUGGUUAAAAUAUGACCUGGGACCAAGGUAAAAAACAAAUGCAGGGAUGGUAGGAAGGAGCAACUAAACAGAGGAUUUUGAAAUGGUAGAAAGCAGAAAUGGAGGUAUAUGUAUUGUAAAGAAUGCAAAAGAGGGGACUGUCCUUGUCACAGGACUGGUGCUUGUCCUAUAGAGAAAGCUACCCCACUGGGGAUAUAAUACAAGCAGGGGAAAGAUGGAGGGAGAAACAAUAUUUAAUCUGCAAUAUAGGAAAGUACUGGAGAUCUGGCUAGUCCAGGAACUCCAAAAUAUAAUACAAGUGUUAUAUCCAGCAUUUAUGAACCCCUACAUACAUGCAAACGUUCUUGUAUCAUUCAGUUGUUCAACUUAGCCCUGUGAUGUAAAUUAUUGCAAUUAUAGAGGACACUGUCUCUAUUGAAUGUCAGAUAGCCACCUAGCCGGGAGGGGGGACCUAGAGACCCUAUAGAGCCAGGAAAACUAGUGUUUUCCUGGCACUAUAGAGGUCCUUUAAAGCACUGUAAGGCUUAAAAAAACCUUUUUAACUUACCAGAUUCCAGCACAGACAUCCCUCAGUGCUGGGUCGGUUCUCUGCCUCAUCAGACGUCUGACGCAUGCGCGACGUGUUAAUAAGGCCCAUCAGGCGACCGGAAGUCUCUUGGCAAGCAGUGCCUCUAGUGGCUGUCUGGCAGCUUUUAGAGUUUUUCUAAAACUGCAAUGAUUUACACUGCAGGACUAAGGGGACAGGAACAUUGCACCCAGGUCACUUCAAAGAGCUGAAGUGGUCGGUGUACCUAUAGGGUCCCUUUAAUCUUGAGACAGGACACAGUCCAGCCUGCCUGAGAUUUGUGGAGUUGCACUCAGACAGCAACUAUUUUCAGAGCUACUGGUCUUAAUUCAGCCAUCUCCAUUUCAGAUAUGCAGAGAGUAGCUGGGAAGGCAGAAACUGUGGAAUUCUGCUACCUUGGACCACACCUAGUACAUUAUUAACCAACAUGGAGGUGAUCUAAUAGCGGCAGCUGCUGCCUGGUAGUGUAACUUACCAAUGUCAGGCUGAUGGUACAUGUAUGCGGUGUUCUUUCAAAUCAUUUAACCAAUCGUGCAAAGAAAAUAGUCUGAUUUUAAACAGAUUAUUUAAUACAGUAAAAUCUCCAUCAUUGCUCCAUUUUAUAAUAUUCCCAAGUCUGAUUUUACAGUUCAGUUGAUAGUCCUCAAUAUAUAGCGACUAAAGCAUUGAUAUUACCAAAUGAACAUUAUUUUGAAUAAUAGCCAAGUCCAGCAGCAGAGUUUCUACUUGGAGUUGGACUGGUGACAGCUGUAGCCGACAAACUAAAAGUUGCACAUAGGGAAACAAUAAAGGUACUUUUUUUUUUUUUUUUUUUAAUUUAUUUUUAAUAUUUAAAUUUUUACCCUUAAAGGAAACACUAUAGGGUCAGGAACACAAACAUGUAUUCCUGGCCCUAUAGUGCUAAACACACCAUUUAGGUGGCUUGCCCCACCAUACAAGUUUAAAACUCACCUUAUUUCGAGCGCCGCGCGCGGGUCUGCCAGUGCUGUCUCCGCUCCCUUUGUGACAUCAAAAUGGCUGAUUAUUAGCCAAUCCAAUGCUUUUCCAUUUAACAUUUUCUAUGAAGAAAAUUCAGCCUCUCCAUGCAGAGCGUGGGGACGCUGAACGGCAGGGCUGCAGCCCUGGGCUAGGAAGCCCCUCCAGUGGCCACUUGGAGGUGUCCCUAGGGGCAAUGUUUGCAUGAAAAUGCGUGAAGGGAACUAUUACUACGUUAAACUGUAGUUGUUUUAGUAACUAUAUAGUGUCCCUUUACAUUUUUAAAAUGUGUAUAUAAUGCAUUUAAAUAGGGAUGUUUGGUUGAGGAACUAUUUUAAUGAAUUUAAGACUACAUCACUGUUUUAGAAAGAUUGCUAGUGGAUCAUUUUUGCCUUGUGCGUAUAUGGCCAACUAUACUAUUUAUAUGCUGGAUAGCGGUCUCUUCUUUGUAGCAGUACUUUUUAAUUGGCCUCAUUUAUCUAAUCGUAUAACUGUAUGUAAUAUAUAAUCUAUAGUUAUGUUAAAGUAUGCGGUCUUUGAACUGAAGUGCUUACUUUUAUGUUUUGCCAUAAAUUGAUGUAAAGAAAAAUAAAUCCCAUUUUAAGUUACAGGGAGGAUGUAAUGUACCUCCACAAAACAAAUGUGUGCUUAUUUUGAAUUGUGAAUCACAGAUGUUUUGGAGACUUUAAAGGGAUACUAUAGUCACCAGGGCCAAUGCAUAUUAAUGUGGGGUUUCUGGUGUCUACAGCAUGUUCCUGCAGUCUUUUCAAUGUAAACACUGCCUUUUCAGGCAGCAUCUCUAUUGGCUAUUACUCAGACUGCCAAUAGAGGUGCUUCUUGGGUACACUGUGUCUCAUGUUCUGCAUGGAGACCUUAAACGCUCCCCAUAGAGCUGCUUUGAUUCAAUGCAUCCCUGAGUAGAUGCUGAUUGGCGCAGCGUGGCAUUUUUUCUGAGCAUGCGCAAUGGCCUCCCAAUGCAUUACAUAGAAACAUAGAAUAUGAUGGCAGAUAAGAACCAUUCGGCCCAUCUAGUAUGCCCAAUUUUCUAAAUACUUUCAUUAGUCCCUGGCCUUAUCUUAUAGUUAGGAUAGCCUUAUGCCUAUCCCACGCAUGCUUAAACUCCUUUACUGUGUUAACCUCUACCACUUCAGCUGGAAGGCUAUUCCAUGCGUCCACUAGUCUCUCAGUAAAGUAAUACUUCCUGAUAUUAUUUUUAAACCUUUGUCCCUCUAAUUGAAAAAUUCCUAAUUGAAAGCAUUGGAUUGGCUGAGACCAUAAAGAUUGAUCUCAGCCAUGGAGGAGGGGCCAGCCACGGCGAUACCAGAAAGUUAUAAAAUGUAAAUAACUUACCUUUUAACUCCAGAGGGGCUGGGCACCUAAACAUUUAAAACAACACUACACUGUUCCUUUAAUUCCAUAUUUUAGAUAUUUGUCCAAUCCAGAAGCUAUUUGUCUCUGCUCACUAAAGUUUAAGUAGCAGCUUUCAGCUAAAGCUCUUCAUUUGUUUACAUUGAAUGUGACAACCAGUACUACCCAUGCAUGGAGUUACAAUUUCUAAAAUCAAAAGAAUGUUGCACAGACAAAGCAUAAUCCUAAGCACUUCAGUGGCACUUAACUGAAGUUGCCAGCAUCCUGCCAAAUACUAAAUAGUUUAAAGCAAUGCUAAAAUUGAGGCAUGAUUAAGGCUUUCCAGCCUUGCAUAACUUGUUUUGGUGUACUAAAAGCAUUGCCUUAUUGCCGCUGUACCAAACUGCUUUCUUUUGUCUUUUUUCCUUCAUUCCACUAUCCUCCAAUUCAAUCCUCUUAUUUCUUCAUGUUUUCAUUCUUGCUUUGUUUUCCAUUUCUGUCAUUUAGUUUGAAUGUCUCCCAGGUCCACUGGUCUUUAACACUCUACUACUUCCAUUAACUCUUAUAUUGUACUGUCACUGUUAAACUUCUUUAUUGCAUGUUGUCAUUCACCAGCAGACUACUUCCCGACUGAUUUUGCUGAAAUUGGAAUUGAGGCAGCUAUUAAUGUUACAAAAUCACACUAGGACCUUGUUAUUCAAAAGGCACCCACAUGUGUCAAACAAGUUGUUAAAUUAUUUUGUUUUUUAUUUUUUACUCAAAUGUCAUGUAAUGCAAAUAUGUAACUGUGCCUAACUAAAUGCAAUUAUAAUUCUAGCUUCACUUGCCACUAAAUUCUCCAUUACCUGGGAGUGAAUUAACAAAGGAACCAUUUCGUUGGGAUCAGAGACUUUUUGCUUUAGUGCUUCGUUUGCCUGGUGCCACCUCUGUAGAGCAAGAACAAAUUACUGUCCAGUUAGAUGAAUCCUCCAUUGCUCCAAUGUGUGAUGUUACAGGGGGUGAGUAAAACAGGGGCUUUUUAAAUCAAUGCAACAAUUCUAAAACCAUUUAUAGAUGUGACACUUAUUGAUCUUUUAAAACUAAAUACAUUGAAUUGAAAAUUGUCAGAUUAAAAACAGAAAGUAGAUUCUCAUUAUGGCAGGUUUUAAUGAUUUGUGGAUGGUCAUUUCUGUAUCUGUUUUUAGAACCGGUUAUGGUCAUUUCUGUAAAACUGUAUUUCAAACCUGACAUCUGCUUAAAAUGUACCUGUCAGGAUACACUUUUCUGGGGCUUUAAAUUAAAAAGCAGUAUAUUUAAUCUAUACAUUGUGCCAGCAGAAAUACUUGCGAAUAUAUAGAAUUUCAUUUUAUACUCUUAAGGUUUGGUCCCUCCUACUUCUGCCCCGCUAAAGUCUGUAAUGAAUGCUGCUGCAAGACUGAUUUUCCUCUCUAGUCGGUCCCCUCACCCCUCCGUCAGUCCUUACAUUGGCUUCCUGUAUCCUAUAGGAGUCAAUUCAAAGUGCUAACACAUACCUAUAAAGCACUAAACAAUUCUUGCCCCUAUUAUAUCUCUUCACAGAUCUAUAGGUAUGCACCUUUUCGGUCUCUCCUCUCUGCCCGUGACCACCUCCUGUCCGCUUCUCGCACCCGUACAGCCACCUCACGCUUGCAGGACAUCUCGCGUGCGGCUCCCUUCAUAUGGAAUAGCCUGCCUACCGCCAUCAGACUCUCCCCUAGUCUUCAUUUGUUUAAUAAGUGACUUAAAACCCAUCUCUUUAGAAAAGCUUAUGGCCUCCCAGAGUAACCUCUACCUCACAUACCUGUUACUUGCUGUAUCCUAAAGGGCAGCACUUUACUCUCUCCUCCGGCUGCUUCACUCCCACCUUAUUUGAUUGCUAUUUCCUGUCCUAUUGUGUUUUACACCUCACCUCCUAUACACUGUAAGCUCUUUGAGCAGGGUCCUCUUCAACCUAUCGUUCCUGUAAGUUUUCUUGUAAUUGUCCUAUUUAUAGUUAAAUCCCCCAUCUCAUAACAUUGCAAAGCACUACGGAAUCUGUUGGCGCUAUAUAAAUGGCGAUAAUAAUCCUCUGCGUUAGGCCUGUAUGCUAAGCACUGACCUAAUCAGAGGAUUCAGUGACUGAGAAAAGCAAGAGAACUGUCCCUCAGGCGACCCUCUGCUCCCUGUCAUUGUAUUUAUAUAGGACUCUAAUUGAAGCCAGCAUGUCUGUGUUAUCAGUGAGAAGAGUGCCUUGCUUUGGAAAGUGUCUUGAAGCAGAGAGGGGAGUGUAAUAUAUCGUGUAACAGCGCUGGAAAGAAGUUUGCAAAAAACAAGAGUAAAAUGCACACUAGAAAAGAAUACUACCUGCAGGGUGCUCCAGAAAGGAAUGGCCAAUCCCUGAAGACGAUAAAUGGAAGAAAAUAAAUAUCUAGGCACACCUGAGGUUUCUUCUAAAAGGCACUUUUUAUUUGAAACAAGUUGAUAAAGGUUCAGAGGAGCCGAAAUGUUGUCUCCACUUCAUUGUUUCAACUAAAGACUGCCUUUUAGAAGAAACCUCAGGUGUGCCUGGAUAUUUAUUUUCUUUGAAGUGCUGAAAAGAGGGGCAGCAGUGGCAGAUCUUCAUGUCCAAGGUUUUAUAUAUAUUUUUAUAUUUUCAUUAUGGUUAGUAUAGUCAGUCCCUGCAGGUUUUCAUCUAAACACUGCCUUUUCAGAGAAAAAAAAGCCAUGUUUAUAUGAAAGCCUAGGGACACCUCCUGUGGCCUCUCCUCAAAUGUUCUGCGUGGAGACUCUGAAGCCUUCCCGUAGAAAUGCAUUGAUUUAAUGCAUGUCUGAGGAGAUGUUGGUGUUUGGCCCCACCUACUUGACAAUCUCAAUUCUGAUUCUGUCUGCCAUUGUGUUGGAGCAGGGCCAGCACAAUGAAUGCCAGUGUUUGGAGUAUUGCUGCUGCCCUUAAUCAUAGGUGGAUGCCUGUGCCUUCCCCUGGCUGUUGGCUUUUGCACCACUAAUGUACAUAAUGUGUGCCGAUAUUAACCUUAGCUGCUGUAGGCUACCUGCUCUAAUGGAGCAUCACACAGAGUUUAUUGAUGUUUAAUAUGCACAUAGUGAAUGCCAUGUCAGAAGUAAUUCAGUGCUCUAAAUUUACCUGUGGCCUAGGAACAAAUUGUGUACCCUACUUUUCCCUUGCACACUUAUUGGACUUUCAGGAUGUUGAGCUUGUAACAAAAGUUAAAACAGAGGCUUACUAAGGAAAUAUUAUAAUGCGAAAAUGAUUAACUUUAAUACUGACAUUAAAACCUACAAAACAGACCUGAACACUAUAUGUAGAUGAGAAAGUUUAAAAUAGAGUCCUCAUCUGUGGCAAAAUCUAUGCUUUGACACUAAACAUUAGUUUGGUUAUUUUAGGUCUAGUUAAAGGGACACUAUAUAGUCACCAGAACAACUACAGCUUAAUGUAGUUGUUCUGGUGAGUAUAAUUUCCUUCAGGCAUUUUCAUGCAAACACUGCCUUUUCAGAGAAAAGGCAGUGUUUACAUUGCCCGCAGUAACACCUCCUAGUGGCCACUCCUCAGAUGGCCACAGGAGGUGCUUCCUGGCUCAGUGGUGCACAGUAGGCAGCAGUGCCGUUCAGUGUCUCCACACUCUGCUGAAUUUUCCUCAUAGAGAUGCAUUGAUUCAAUGCAUCUCUAUGAAGAAGUGCUGAUUGGCCAAAACGGCAUUUGGCCCCGGCUCCUAGCCGAUUUUAGCCAAUCCAAAGUGUCUAAAAAAAAAUCUGCAAUUCUGAUAUCGGGGUGGGGCCAUCACCAGUGGACCCGCGCAGCACUGGAAAUAAAGGAGUUUUCAUUUCUUUUUAAAGUGGCUGAGAGGGGGCAAGCCACCUAAAUGGUGCGUUUAACAUUGUAGGGUCAGGAAUACAUGUUUGUGUUCCUUUAAUGUGUCAAGAAGGUGUAUGUAUGUAUGUGUAUAUAUUUUGUUUUCUUUCUGCAGCAUACUUAUUUCUAUAGAGCAGUUUCUCCUCCUAAUAUAAAAUAUUAAACAAGUAGCCCACAUGGCAAUCACUAUUCAUAUUUAGGUUUUAUUAUUGCAAUAAUUUUAAAUUAACAUUUUGUUUUGUUAGAGACCCGCCGCCGCUCCUCCCAGUGAUUGAGUCGGCCGGUGGGCGAGACUGACCCGUCCACCGGCCGGGGAGACCUAAUGCGCAUGCGAGGCAAAGCCGCGUAUGCGCAUUAGAGCUCCCCACAGGAAAGCAUUGAAAAUGCUUUUCAAUGCUUUCCUAUGGGGAAAUGAAUGACGCUGGAGGUCCUCACAUAGCAUGAGGACGUCCAGCGACGCUCUAGCACAGGUUUCCUGUGCUAGGGACACGGAAGUGCCCUCUAAUGCUGUCUAGUAGACAGCCACUAGAGGUGGAGUUAACCCUGCAAGGUAAUUAUUGCAGUUUAUUAAAAAAAAAAAAAAAAAAAUGCAAUAAGUACACUUGCAGGGUUAAGAAUAGUGGGAGUUGGCCUGGAGUGUCCCUUUAAGGAAAAGGAAUUCAGAUACUGUCUAAUGUAGAUUAGAUUUUAGUUAACUAGAAGACUGUGGACUGUUUACCCUUUUAUGAUUUUGACUGUACAUUCAAAAUAAGAACAAAUUUAAAACUGAGAAGUUUUCUUAUUUCAAAACUCAAUUGAAACCCAUGUUUUGUGUGGCUACUUAUGAUCAAUUGUAUGCACGUAAGGUUUUAUUGCUCUUUAUGUUCAGUAUUUUGUUUUAUUUCUAGGGCGUUCAUACUCUGUUUCCUCACAGCGAAUGCUUAACCAAUGUCUGGAAUCAUUGGUCCAAAAAGUCCAAAGUGGAGUAGUAAUAAACUUCGAAAAAUCUGGACCAGAUCCUCCCCCUCUCGAUGGUAAUUUAAAAUUAAUUUAUUUUUUAUUUUAUUUUUUAAACCUCAUAUUAUGGAUUAUGCAUUUUAUUUAAAGUGGCUCCAUCACCUGAAAUUUGCAUUUCACUUAUUAACUCUUCUCUUGCUCUUUCAGAAUCUGAUCUUCUUUCUGAUGUAUUUCUCUUUAACCCCUUAAGGACACGUAACAUGUCAUGAUUCCCUUUUAUUCCAGAAGUUUGGUCCUUAAGGGGUUAAAACAGAAGACAAAGCAUGUGAAGUCUGACUUAAGCUACACCCCUUGUUAAGAUUACCAAGUGUAGGAUAAGUACUUUUUAUUAUGUUUUAAAGAGAAAUACAUCAGAAAUGAGGGAAAGAACAGAUUCUGAAAAAGUAAGCGAAGAGGAAACAGGAGAAAUAAGUUUGAGCGCCACUUUAACAAACUUAUUGUGGUGAAUGCCCCAAUGUAAAGUACUAAAAUUACUGAUCAGAUUUAGGGAUAUAGCCAAUAACUGUCUCUCUAGCAUUGCAUUUUGAAACUAUAUAUAACCAUGCUAGCAAAGUGUUUUACAUACAUUUUUUCACUUGAUGUUCUAGCAUUAGGGGAGAUAUAUCCCACAUCUGGAGUGCUGGAGGUUGCUUAAACUUGGUCAACAAGAUAGAGGGAUCAGAGCUGAAUCAUCCCAUUGAGAGCGCAUUGUUUUAUUAAAAUAUUUUACCAAGGAUACAUUGAGAUUUCUCUCAUUUUCAAGUAUGUCCUGGAUAGUGAUGUCGCGAACCGUUCGCGAACUUCCCGCGAACGGUGGCGAACUCCGGUCAGCUGACACAUCCCGGCCAAUCUCCAGCAGACCCUCCCUCCCAGACCUUUCUGGCUGAGAUCCCAUAGUACAAAAGCAUUUGGAGGCUUACACAUGCAACAUUGCUCCAAUCAGCAUCUCCUCAUAUUCGGGGCCAGUACAAACCAUUAUCUUGAAAUCUAUUCAUAAACAGGGCUAUACAUAUGACACAAGGUAACGCAUUUAGGCUGGAAGAAAGGAGAUUUAAUCUAAGGCAAAGGAAAGUGUUUUUUUGUUUUUUUUUUAACAGUAAGAAAUAGGAUAUGGAAUUCUCUGCCUGAAGAGGUGGUUUUAUCAGAGUCCAUACAGAUAUUUAAACAGCAAUUGGAUAAAUACUUCCAAAAACAUAACAUACAGGGAUAUAAUUUCAAAUUUUUCUAAUUAUUAGAGUAAUAGCUGCUUGAUCCAAGGAGAUAUCUGACUGCCUUUUUGGGGUCAAGAAGGAAUUUUUUCCUAGCUUGUUGCAAAAUUGGAAGCGCUUCAGACUUUUUUUUUUUUUUUGCAUUCUUUUGGAUCAACAGCAAAAACAUAUGUGAGGAAGGCUGAACUUGAUGGGCGCAAGUCUCUUUUCAGUUAUUUAACUAUAGACCCGCAUGGAAUCGGUGCAUCUCUGAGGAGCAUUCUCCAUGCAGAGCAUGGAAAUGCUGAUCAUCUGGGUGACUUCCACUAGAUGUGAUACUAGGCAGUAACAAUGAAUUAUGCUGUAGUUCUAGUGGCGAUAAUGUUUCUUUAAAGCAAAUGUGCUUAGUAACUGUUUUAAACCACUUUACAUAUUCAUAAAAACUAGUAUUGCUAAAUUAAUGUGUCCUCCAAAUUGCAAAGACUAAUGUAACUCUGCUUGCAAUAAUGGCAAAAUCUGCCUACAUGCAAAGUAUUUAGAAAAGGUAAAUUUGAAUGUAAUGCAUCAUUUAGGUCUCUUCAGCUGGAAGUGUAAAGUCUGUUUUGUGUUUUUUUUAUUUUAUUUUUAUUUUUUUUAAAUUAAAAUCAGUAGUGGCAGGGUCCCUGCGUAAACUAUAUUUAUUUUUAAUUUAACGGUGAACUCAAAUAUUUGAAAUAGAUCACUCAAUGUAUCUGGAGUUGUCAGUUUUUGUAGUUUGUGAUUAAGAUGUACAGAAGCAUGCAUGAAAAACUUCUAGCUUCUGAGGUAUAAUGAAUAAUAAAAUAUGUUCUGCAGUUCAAAUGUAAGGUGAAUUUGAUAGAGUAGCUCAUUCGUGCAGAGCCACCUUUGUUAUGACCUUAAAGUUCUAAAUCUUCCUCUUGGCUAAUGAACAACUCCUGCUAUACUACUGUGAUCUUGUUACACGCAAUGCUGUGGCAUGGAAGCCUGCAUUCAGAUCUACAGCAGUAGGGCAUUCUUGCCAAAUUUUCAGGUUACCAUGGAGAUUCAGCAGUCUUCGUUAUCUUGCCAACUUAAUCCUGGCGUUUUUAAUAAUGCGUUUAACCUUUGAGGAUGUGUGAAUCCUUUUCUUGCUAGUAAGGAUGGAAUGUGUUAAUCUUUAGGCUACCUUGCCACUAUAUUUUGCUGAUUAUAAUGCCAAUAAAUGGGUAAUUAUAAUGUGUGACAAACUGUACCCUCAGAACUUUAUGCAUACUUUCCCCAUAGUUCAGAUGUUUGCUAAUUAGGGAUUAUUCUAGCUUUGGUAAAGGAAUAAUCUAAAUUUUAUUAAAGACAGGAGGCGAAUGUUUCCUUUGCCUUCUUUACUGAAACCUCCAGCAGCAAAGUAAUGGUUAACAUAACAUUUCAGAAACAACCAAUCAGAACUAAGAACAGUAGAACAAACCAUUCAGACAGACCCUCCUACUUCCUCUUUCUUUGAGGUCGAGCAGGAGAGCAUGAAAUACAACUGAGCCAAUCUGUAGUAGGCACAAUCAAAGGAGAAACCGCCAGAACCAAAAGAAAUCCCGAUUACACUGCAAGGAAAAAGCAACAUUGUGAAAGUAAACUGCCAAGGCAGAAUGUCAUAUAAAACAUUAGUACUGCAGUAUGUUAAGACAUAAUGAAUACACUCAAACCAGCAACUAGCAUUAAAUCACUGUAAAAUUAAACUAAACACGUGACAAACAAUACAAAAUCACAACAAAUACUCCCCGAAAUAACCCACAAUCCAGGGAGGGAAAUGUCAAAACAAACAGGGGGAGGGGGGGGAUAUUUGCCUCCUGUCUUUAAUAAAAUUUAAUUAUUCCUUCACCAAGGCUAGAAUAAUCCCUAAUUUUAGGGCAAAACAGGAGGCUUCAUAUUUGCUAUUUUAGCGCACAGACCUAAACGCAGAAGAAACCUUGGAGCACAAAAUCUACUCCAUAGACCAAUCUGCGGCUAGGAAAAAAUCCGUAAGGGACCCGCCGGAUACCAGUCAACAAUACUGUAGUGCCCCGAAGGAUCUCGCCAUGCCUGCAAAGUUAGCCAGAGACUGCCUAACACUGAUGCACAUAUAAAAUCAAUAGCCAUCCACUGGCAGAGAAAUGAAGAGACCAAGUCACGGUGAAAUAGGUCUGUAGACAACGAGCUACCCAGAGAUGUGGCCAAUCAUUAAAAUAAGAGUUCAACACAGACAAAGAAAUAAACUUUUUGUUCUGUGAGAUACUGAAAAUGGAAACCCCGUCAGGGAAAAAGAGUAAUAAAAACUUCCACGCUAACAGUGCGAAUAUCUGAGCGCGAUGGGAAGACACGAAACAGAGGAGAAAAAACAUCUUGGCUGAAAGCUGAUGGGGAGAUCAAUCUCAGUUAACUGGUUAAUCCCCAAGGAAACUAAAGUCAACCGAUACGUCCCAGAACAAGGAAGUGUGAAGCAGUGGUCUCGUAAGACAUACCUCGGAGCAGCCUGCAGACCGAGAUGCUCCAUCUCAGUGCUGUUGCAUGGGGAUAAGCCUAAGUCACAGAGAUGGUGGACCGGAAGACAAAAAUUGUCCGGAAAGUCUAGCCUUGAAAAAAAACAAUGCAGCCAAGGAGUUCAGGACGCCCACAACUUGGGCCCCAAAGGGAUCAAAAUGCCUCUGCAAAUACCAGCAAUGCCAGGCUCACCGGACGGUCAGAGAAUCGUCCAACAGUCUCAGGGCAACUCUCGAGCCGCAACUCUCAAAGAUCAACAGGUGCGGGAUCCCAGCCGGAGUCCAAAGGAGAAACCAGGAAGCAGUAACAGGUCUUUGCACAACAAAUCCCAGAUGUAGAGGGGAACACAGCUGACUCCUUAACAGUGGUGCGGUCAAGACUAUCUACACUCAAUAACUUGAUUUGAUGGAAAGUCCUGUGUAUCAUGGAGAAAGACUGCAACGUAUAUGCUCCCAUGAACGGCCAGACCUGGAUGAAUGCGUCCACCGCCGCAUCUUUAGAAAAUCCAGGAGCCAGAUGAGGAACAAUGCCAUAAGCGGUUUGCCCUGGACAUGAAGAGGUCCAGUUGGAGGGGACCCUGAAGUAAGUCCAACACGCAAAACACUUGGAAUGAAGCUGUCAAUCGUUGGCGUCCCACCAAAAUUUUAGGAUGAAGUCUGUAGGGGAGCCCAAAUUGCCACAUUGUUCCAGGUCCCCAUGUGUUGAAGCCACCAUUGGAGUUCUAGUGCACCUUGUCCGAAAGGAGCAAAAUCAGGCCGCAGGAAACUGAAGUCCUCUGAUAGCGAUCCAUCAGGCAUAAUAGAGCCCAAUACAGCUUGGGUUGCGGGAAGAUGUUCCGAAUGGAGGAUGAGGGCAGACCCAUCGUUCAUAUCAGUUCACACAAAGUGAGCCGAGGGCUUCGGAGCAAGCGUCUGACAUACUUACUGAUUGUGGCCACCUUGGAGAGAAGGAGACGGAGCACCGCUUGAGUCAAAUCCACAAUGAAGCUCAGAAACUGGACCAACCAAAAGUGCACCAGAUAUGACUUCUCCACAUUGAUUACGAACCACAGAUCCUGGAGCAGAAGGACCACAAGGGGUCCCGUGUCAUCCGUAUAAUGUUGUCCAGAUAGACGAUACACCAUAUCCCCUAGGCUCUGAGCCGUCAUGACUGGUUUUAACAAUGUUAUGAAGCACCAUGGGGACAGAGCAGGGAAACUGCAGAAUGUGGACUAGCGACCAGAAAAUUGCCUAUAGUUGCAAUGAAUUGGCACAGUGAGAAAAGCUUCCCUUGGUUUUAGACGCAAGAACCGAACGUCCACGCAGAGCAAAAUCCCUAGUAGAUGAAUGUCCUCCAUCUUGAAACAUUGUUAAACGCUUUGAGGUCACGAAGGUUGAAAAAAUGGAGAGCCUGCCCGUAGUUGGUAUGUCAGGCAAAUAAGGAAGGACUCUUACCUGAGAAGUAUUGAGCCCAGGUGGAUGAGGUACCACAGGCGCCUUAGCCUGUCCAGGGACACCUGCAUGCGGAGCUUGUCCCCAGGGGGUGGAGAGAACAGUUUGAGUUAGAGCCUCUAGAGCCAGGGGCGAGAGGAGUAGGCUGCGAGGCAAUCUGGAGGGGUCAACACCUUAGGGUAGGGUGUCUAUGAAAGGGACACACAGGCAGGCCUUCGGGCACAUAAGGGCGGAGACAUCGGCCAUAGUAGUUCCACUGCAACAAAGAAAGCAGCACAGGUCAGUGAGGUAGAGGGCGCAAGGCCGGCUGGGGGUCACCCAACAGGCACUAGAACUUAAUGCAGAGCAGCCCAAUAGAGGGUCGCCCUCUGUCUGAUGGAAAUAUUUGUAAAUCAGAAGAUGGCUGGCUGUGAGUGAUCGGACAGCACCUUGUGACUGGUCGUGCGUAACAGUAUGGCUAGCUGUGAGUGACAGGAUGGCCCAUCUGUGGCUGGAUGUGAGUGACAGGAUGACUUAUUACUGACCCAACGCCUAUCGUGGCAAAUGCAGCUGAUUGUCUAAAUCGCUUGCCGACUGGGAGAGCAAACCGGACGCGGGUGGGUGGGAACAUGGCGCGGAGCGCUGAAAUCUAUGCAGGAGGGUACGGGAGAGAAGACUGGGAAAAAUGACACGGCAGACUCACAAGUGCCGUGACUGUAGCAAUGCACAGUGAGGGGAGACCAGAGCAGGGGAAAACCCACAUAGUCCAUCAUCAUGCACAGUCCAAGAGCCCCACACAAAAACUAGAUGAAAUAACCAAACAUACUAACUGAAUAUUGCUCUAUUGUUCAUGUAGUACUAUAUGCUGCAUGUUUGCCUUGAUUUCUACACUGUAAACAGCCCAGAGCAGACAAACUCUGAGUUGGUAAGUGCUCACCUGGAGGCAGCUGCAAAGAAAGAGUAAGUGGGUCUGCCUGAGUGUUUUGUUCUUUGUUCUGAUUGGUUGUUUCUGAAAAGUUAUGUUAACCAUUACUCUGCUGCUGGAAGUUUCAGUAAAGGUAAAGCAAAUUUGUAGCCUCCUGUCUUGCCUUAAAUUUAGUCCUUAUGAGAAUGUUAUUUAUUUUUUAGUAGCUAUACAGCCAGAUGCUGGCCACUUCAAUUGAGAUGGUAACCAAUUCCGUAUAAUUGAAUGUUUUUCCACUUUUAUUCUACGAGAUCAGUCCAUUCAAUUUUACACACUAAAAAUACUUUGAUGAAAUUGUUAUAGUGAUUUAUAGUCCCUUUAUUUGAAUUGGUUAUAGUGCCUGGUGUCCCCUGGCACUGCCUCCAAACAGUUUUAAAUCAUUUUAGAGCAGUUGAACAAAGUGUCCCUGGCCACCCACAGUCUGGCCCCUUCUAGAGGUAUGGCUAAGGCAGUGAUUACACACUUCCUUGUAGUUAUACCCUUCAUACUGUCAGAGCUCUGAUAGGCUAAAAGCAGUCAGCUGACAAACUCAAUCAGUUGCCCAUUGCUACUCAGGUUAAUACUUUCUCAUUGGCUAUAGCAGAACAAAGGGGAUGGGCUUCUGGGGACUCCCAUUUAGCAGCAUAACCUUAAAAACUUUUUAAUGAUUGAAAUUUUGGCACUUGGGGAUUCCAGACACUAGAACCAGUUUAAUGAGACUAAGCCAAUACAGUGCCUACAGUGUCACUUUAGUUGUAGACAUGAUGGGGUUUGGUGAAUAUUUGGUUUUGAUAUAAUUUGUGACCUAUUUAGCACAUGUAGGCUUUGCUGUAUUGUAAAAUUGUGACUGCUCUAGACUCAGCCAAGUGUAUGUGUUCUUCCCCUUCAUAUACUUUAACACCCUCACACAAAGCGCUCUACACAUAGCAAGCCACACACGCGUGCACCAGCACACAUGCACAUUUAUAGACCCACAAUCAUGCAUUCAGAUGCAUAUAUAUAUACACACUAGGAUGCAUACAAAUACACACUAUUAAAAACUUGCACAUUUACUUAAACCUUCUUCUGUUCUCCUCUUGCACCUUUCCACUGUUUGCAGAAUUAACAUCCUCUCCUCACACUUGUAGUGUCCUUAGUGUUUGGAGCAGUAUGGGAGCUGUGUAUCUGCUUGGUGUUUGGAGCAGUAUGGGAGCGGUGUACUAGGGAUCGACUGAUAUUGAUUUUUUAUUUUUUUUAUGAUUUUUAUGAUGCAUUGAUUCAAUGCAUUUCUAUGAGGAGGUGCUGAUUGGCCCCGCCCCUUGCUGAUUUCAGACAAUCCAAUGCUUUUCCUAUGGGAAAAGCAUUGGAUUGUCUAAAAACCGUCAAUUCUAUGAUGUCACCAAGGGGGCUAAGCUAGCGCCUGCAGACCCACGUGGCGCUGGAAUGAAGAGGGUUAAAAAAAUUUUUUAUUUUUAUUUUAUUUUUUUGGGGGGGGGAGGGAUGUGAAGGGUGGGGCAAGCAACCUAAAUGGUGGGUUAAACAUUAUAGGGUCAGGAAUACAUGUUUGUGUUCCUGACCCUAUAGUGUUACUUUAACUGUGCAUUUUUAUUAUUUAUUUAUAUUUGCAAAUUAUUGCCAGUCAGAUUUUUCUUUGUUUUCAAGAAUAUUUAGUGUUCCCUUCCCUGUCCCUUAGUGUACCUCUCUGUUCCCUUCCCUGUCCCUUAGUGUACCUCUCUCCUCCCUUCCCUGUCCCUUUAUGGUUCUCUCCCCUCCCUGGUGUGCCUCUUUACCGCUCUUGUAGUGUGGCUGAGCAGAGCGGAGCGAGGUACAGGAGCUUCAGAUCCUGUACCUGGCUGGACUGAUAGGAAGUGCUUUCUGUCAGUCCGGCCGGGUACAGGAAACUGACACUUCUGUACCGCGGUCCGCUGUACUCCACUUGACCAGUGACUGGUAGGGGGAGCGAUGUGCUCCUCUCCCUUGCCCUGAUGCAGCUGCGUUUUCCGCCUUAUGGACGUGCUGGGCUGGUGCAGCCUCACAUUAUUGGAAAUAUCGAUAUCAAUAGUGGCCAAUACUGUUAUUUGCCAAAAAUCCUGAAUAUCUGCUAAACUGAUAAUCUGUCUAUCCCUACUGUGUACUUGCUUGGUGUUUGGAGCAGUAUGGAAGCUGUUGCUUUCCCCAUGGCUGCACAGUACCUGGAAACUGGUGCUUGUAUAUUACAGCACAUUCUGGGACCCACUGCUGAUAUGAAGGCAUUAAAGCUGACUGUUGGUUUAUUGCUAGGAACCCUGUGGGCUGCAUAAAUGUAACUCGGUGCCACACUUAAAGUUGUGGCCAGUGAGUAGUUAAAUUGCUAAAUGCAACCUGGUUUAAAAGUCACCUUUUUACUUUAUUUCUGCAAUGUAACUCUGCCCCUUAGCGCCCCCUCCUCUCUUCUCACAAAGAAAUUUACUUGAUAGAUGUUCUGAGUAUAUACAGUAGUUUGUUCCCCCAAUUGGAGAUGAGCAUUAGUUGAGUUUAUAUCCUGACUCCAACACAGUCACUUUUCUUUUCUUAUGUCUAGCCCAUUUUACACUGGCCUCACAUUGAAAUACUAUACAGAUAAGAUGACAUUGGUUGUGGGGUGGAGUCCAGUUUGCAGCUAAUCACAGCACACUAAUCCGAGCUCCCACUGUUUAUAUACCAAUCAGAUUUGUGAAGAGGGGUUGUUGCUAUGAAGGCAGGAUUAUGCCUACUCCUCCAUUGUGCUGCACUAGGUUACUGCACGUCCCUGCAUUUUUCCUGAAUUUAUUAGAUUUUCAAGCAGCUAGAUAAAAAAGCCAAAUAAAAAUCUACAUUUAUUUAAAGAUCCUCAUGGGUAAAGUGAACUUGCCCACUUUUGGAUAAUGAAAGUCAUGGAUACAAACUAAAAUGUUGUGGUUAUUGGUAUUUUAUUCUGAAAUUUGUUCAUCUGCACAGCAUUCUCAAGAUUCUGUGUAAAAUGUACAGAUUUGAAAUCAAAGAAUGCAAGAUUUAUUGUGAUGUACCUGCAAGUUAAGAGUAACAUAUUUUUUUUAUUUUUUUUGUACUCAAACUGUAGCUGUCGAAGUGUUACCAUGCACCACUUUUUUUUUUUUUUUCUUGAAAGAUUUGCAGGCUCUUUUCCUCUUCGUUCUUAAAGCCAUACUUUUAGACGAACAUUAACCUUUAUGUGCAUGUAUAUUGGUGUUAAUAGAUGGCCUUCCAGACAUGGUAAAACCAGUUGGAGUUCAACCUUGGCACAGCUGUCGAAAACUGAUUUAUGUCCGACCUAAUCCCAAAACAGGAGUCCCAUUAGGUCACUGGCCCAUACCAGAAUCUUUUUGGCCAGAUCAGAAUUCCCCAACACUGGUGAGUGUGGAUUAUUUAUUUAUAUAUUUAUAUUUUGUGUUUGUGAUUUUAUUUUGAAAUUGGUGAAUGAGAUUUUCCUACCUUUUUGAUUCAGUCCCCUUACUGACCAUUACACAAUGUAUGGGGUUCCCCCAUUCUAGUAUUUAGCAUCUUAUGCUGCUGCUCCCUCACAAUCUAUUUAGUUCAUGGUUUAUAUUUUGAGCCCGUUACGCUGUUUUAGGCAUUAUCCUGAGGUCUUGUUCUUACAGUCAAUCACUCAUCCAAAUGAUUUGUACUACCCUCAACAAUUCCUAUUUUUGCUACCUUUGUGAAGCUCUUGCUCAUACCCUAUUGCGCUUUAGUAAUUGCCAUUACUCGUCCGACUUGUAUGUUCUCUUCCUUUAAUCCAUCUAUUUCUUUGCACUUUAUCCCUGUCCCUACACUCUCUCCUAUUCAUUAUGCCUUCCACUGCAUUUCAAUUAUCCCAUUGUUUCUUCCUUUACAUUAUCCACUACUGACCUACUCCACCUAUUGUUACAUUUUGUAUACUGCCAUCCCCUGUCACAGAAGAUGGAACCAUGACCGAUUUAGUGAUUGAAAAACAAAACUUGUACUGUGGAUUUCAGAGGCCAUCUUAUACACUUUCAUAAUAUGCAUUGUAUUGGUGUCAAAGGCACCGUCCCUGGUUCAUAAUCUACAGAAAUAUUCAUGUCCAUUCCAGUGUUAAUUAACAGUAUUUUUAAAAUGUUUUCAGUCUCUUACAGUAACCUCAAUGUUCCUUCCAUGGAAAUGUAACAUUGUGUAAUUUUGCUAUUUUGACCUACGAUGUAAAAUUUCUUGGUCAGUUUGCUGCAAUUCUCAGUUUAGUGAAUCAACGCUAUGGCAUCCUGCUUAGCAGAACUUGUAGACAUUGAUAAGUGUAAUUUAUUGGUGAUUCUACUUGCGCAAUGUAGCGAUGUUUAUUGUAUCUGGUGUGAAAUUUGCCAUCCUAAAAUAUGCAGAGCACCUUUCAGUUUAUAUUCAAAUUCUUGUGUUGCGUUUUUCAAAAUUAUAAAGCUGUGGUUUUACAACUCCUAACUUUUUAUUCCAAGGAUCGGUAUAAUCUUUUUUUCAGUCCAUGCUUGCAAUUCAUAUUUUCUUUACCUCUCCAACACCUUUAUUGCCAAAUAUCUGUUCCAUUAUAGCCAAACUGGCCAGCAUUAGCACUGCAGAUGUUUAGUCUGGCAAAUGUUUUCAGUACCAUGGUUAGCCAUUACUGGUAUUACUUGUUUUAUUUCAACUGCAUAUCAGUGGGAAUCUCUGCUUCAAAUAAACAAAGAUUUGUUUUUUCUGGAACGGUCUGAAGUGACACUGACUGUGUUCAGUAGAUGUAUGCUAACUUAAUUAACAAUCUUUGUCCAUCUACAGCCACCUCGAACUUCUCAUCCUGUCGUUAAGUUCUCAUGCACAAAUUCUGAGCCAAUGGUUAUUGAUAAGUUGCCGUUUGAUAAAUAUGAGCUGGAACCCUCACCACUGACGCAGUAUAUUCUGGAGAGAAAGUCCCCCCAUACCUGCUGGCCUGUAAGUCUUAACUCUUGUAAUCUGCCUUUCUGUUAAAGCUACCAUGUGCUGUAUAAGUAAAGUAGUUAUCUGUGACACACAGCAAUUGUUUCUCUUUUGUAAAGAAUGCUGCUAAAGGCACCCAGACCACUUUGACUCAUUGAAGUGGUCUGGGUGCAAUGCCCCUUAACCCUGCAAUUGUAAUUAUUGCAAUUUGUGAGAAACUGCAAUAACAACAUUGCAGGAUUAAGACUGCCUCUAGUGGUGGCUAUCAGACAGCCACUAGAGGCACUUGCUGGUGGUUAGGCGACUUUUGGUUGCCUGACACUGGACGUCCUCAUGUUCUGCAUGAGGACAUCAAGCAAAACUCAAUAGCAAAGGGAUGGACUAAUGCGCACCUCAGCGUUCACUGCAGGGAGCGAACGAAAGAAAGCUGCAAAGCUCUCUGGCUGUUUGACAGCCAGGGGUGUUCCUUGUUAUUUGAGUGCCAAUUUAUCAUAAAUCUGCACUUUUAUAAACUGGUGUUAAACUGAUGCUCCUCACCCAUAAAGCUGAAGUGCUUUUGGAGUGUGGAGUAGUCCUUUAAGAACAAGUUUAGCAAAAUUGCAGUUGGUACGAGUUUAUGCAGCGGCUUUAUUGUGAUCAAUGGACCUGACUGUUGCCAAGUGCUGAACUAAAUAUGUAAAAGUUCUGAUGUUCAGGAAUGUUUGGAAAAAGUUAAACACUCAUUGAAAAUAAUGGGAGCAUCUGUGUGCCAAUUCCUUGAGUCACCUCCAGCCCAAAGAGUCCCUUAAAUAUGAUGUAAGAGGCAGUUCAUCCAUACAAAAUUGUAUGAAUUUGCUUUGGAAAUGAAUUCCUGGAAUAUACAAAUGUUUCAGUUUAGAAAACUUUUCACACAAUGUGUUUGACCAGAUCAGUAUUGGUUAUGAAAUGUCUCCUUUACAUUGUUACCAGUAAAUGUCAGCACAGAUUGAAUGAUAUACUAGCCUGAAGUCUUUUUGCUAGGGGCUAUAGUCUGUGCAACAGUUUCUGCAUUCACUCACGACAUUCUGUGAUAACUUUUAUUUAAAUGCCUAGUGUUUUUAUUUUGUAACCAAUAUAUUUCUGAGCAUAUUUUUUUUAUUUUUUCUAUCCCAAGGUGUUUGUGACCAACAGUGCAAAAUAUAGUGAACUCGGUCAUCCUUUUGGCUAUUUGAAGGCCAGUACAGCCCUAAACUGCGUGAACCUGUUUGUGAUGCCUUAUAACUAUCCUGUCCUCCUCCCUUUACUAGGUAAUUGGCUGUACUGUUAUGAAGAAUGUGUGUGAUAUUAUGCUAUAACAAUGGAUGAAUAUGCCUUGUAUAGCUUUUAAAGAGAACCGUCUCCAAACUUUUAAUUCUUGGUGCCCACGCACAAUGUUGUAAAUAAAAAAUAAAGUGCUUUUAUAAAAACGGCUUCACUUUUUUUAUUAUAUUAGAUUUAACACAAAACUUAAUAUUUGUAUUUUUUUUAUUUCUCAUUGUAUUUUACAUUUUUUAAAGUAAAAUUUCACUAUAGAAUCUGACCCAACAUGCUGCUCAAGCAGAUCUAGCAAACUGCUGUUUUUCAUUAAUUAAAAUAAACCUAAAAAAAAUAAAUAAAAUUUAAUUUGAGUUGUCCUUUAAGUGUGGUUUUCAUUUUGGUAUCUGUCAUGGUUAUUGCAAAAUUACCAACUGGUGUGCUAACUACAGUCCUAAUCCAUAAAUUAAUUCUACCACUUUGUUUCAGACGAGUUGUUUAAAGUGCACAAGGCUAAACCCUCGCUAAAAUGGAGGCAAGCGUUUGAAAAUUAUUUGAAAACCAUGCCACCUUACUAUAUUGGGGUAAGUCAAACCAGGGUUCAGUUCUGCUCAGGCCUUUGUAUUAGAAUCCCUUUUCUUCUAACAAAAUAUUUAUGAAUAUAACUUGUAUUUCUUUUUACUUCAGCCUCUGAAGAAAGCUUUAAGGGUAAUGGGUGCACCAAACCUUAUCUCUGAAAACAUGGAGUAUGGCUUGAGUUAUGCUGUUGUCUCCUACCUCAAGAAACUUAGCCAACAGGUAUAGUAACAGGACCUUCACAGCCCUGUGCAAUGUGACUUUCAGCUUGGAAACUGGCAUUUGGGUGUUUUAUUUUUUUAUUUUUAAUAUAGAAUGGUGAAAAGCUUCCCUUGGUGAAAUUCUAAAUGCUAGAACAGGACACACCAUAUUGUUUUUGCUCAUAAAUGUAUUACCUGCUAUAAUAAAAGUAGUCCAAACUUUUUAAAAUUUAUUUUGAGUUGUAUAUACCCUUGAACACUAAAUCCAGGCAAGUUUUAUUUAUAGAUUUCGCUCUUCAGUGUUAUGUCAAACAUAUUUCUUUUCACCUUGGUAGUAUAAAUUAAUUUUGGCUUGUACCAGCUAAUUCUCUUUUACCGCUGUUCUUGCGUUGAAUAUUCUUUUACCUACCUCUUCCUUUGCCAUCUGCAGUACUUGGUACAGCUUUGGGUAAAUUUAGGGGUUGGGGGAGGGGUGGGGGCUAAAUCGGCCUGUAGCUUUGAUAUGUUUGUUAUAUUGAGCUGAGGAUUUUCUUAAAAAAAGUAAUUUCACCUCUUUGCAACUUUCCUUUUAUAGGCCAAAGCAGAGUGUGAUAGAGUAAUAAGCUUAAUUGGUAGAAAAUUCCCUCAAGAGACUGGUAUCAAAGUAAAAAGUGGCUCACCGGCUCUUUCAUUGGCCGAUCGUAAAGAUUUCAAACAACUUCUACAAGAAAUCACGGGAGAAAUACCCCAAAGACAGUUUGAUCUCACUGUGAAGGAGUUUGCUGGAUUCCAGAUAGCCCUGUUGAAUAAGGUGAGUGUGAUUAUCAAUGCAGAAGUGUGUUUAAACUCUACUUUUUCUAUGGAAAAAAAUAUUUUUGUUUUCCCCUUACUAUGCAGGAUUUGAAACCACAAACAUUCCGGAACGCAUUUGACAUCCCGAGAACAAAUCUCCUAGAUCAUCUAACCAGGAUGAGGGCGAAUCUGAUAAAGUCUACGCGCAGAUUUUUAAGAGGACAAGAUGAGGGUGAGGGUACCAAUAUUUUUAGAAUUGUGCGGAAACUUGUUUGAAAAGGUUCCUCUAAGGCUUGGCAGGCAUGCUUCUGCUUCUGGAGGCCCACGUGUCAUUCACGCUGCAUACAACAAGUCUAGCCACUACCAGUUGUUAACUACUUGGUUUGGACAUUUUUUGUUCUUCAGAUCAAUUGCACAGUAUUCCUAUUGUUCAGAUGGGAAACUACCAGGAAUAUCUGCGAGCUGUCCCUUCACCUCUCCGUGAGCUAGAUUCAGAUCAGCCAAGAAGACUGCACACAUUUGGAAAUCCAUUUAAAUUGGACAAAAAGGUAAAUCCUUUUCUACUCUUUAAAAACUGUUAAAUAUAGGAGUAUCCCUGUGAUUACGUUUUUUUUAUUUUUUUAUCUUUUCAAAAAAAAAAAAAUUUGUCUUAAGGUCAAAAAAGUUUCUGUUGCUUCUUUAAUAUAAAAAAAUAUUAGAUUUUGGCUCGGCCUUACCUACUUUUCUGUUUUUAUUCCUAAUUUGCUCUUAAGAUGUUUAGUGUUCCCGAAGGGUAUGGUGUAGUUUGUGUGGAUUCUUUUUGACUUCGGGAAAAAGUUAAAAAAUAUCAUGAAGUAUUAUUUUACUGAGAGGGUAGUGGAUGCAUGGAAUAACCUUCCAGCUGAAGUGGUAGAUGUUAACACAGUAAAGAAGUUAAAGCAUGCAGGGAAUAGGCAUAAGGCUAGCCUAACUAUAAGAUAAGGCCAGCGACUAAUGAAAGUAAUUAGAAAAUUGGGCAGACUAGAUGGGCCAAAUGGUUCUGCCGUCACAUUCUAUGUUUCUAUGACACUUGUACAAUGCUUCAAAGUGCUAAAGGGGCAAAUGUUUCACAUGAGCAUUGUAAUUUCUGAAUUGCAUCUUUGCAGACACUCACUGUAAUGACUGGUCCCCACUGUUGAUUACAUGUGAAAACAAGGUGUGUCACUGCAGAUUACUGUUGCCAAUUAAAGCAACCUGCAUGGUUCAUGUUUAAAGGACCACUUCAGCUCAAUUAAGUGGUCUGGGUGCGAGGUCGCUCUAGUUUUAACCCUGCAGUUGAAAACAUAGCAGUUUCAUAGAAACUGCUAUGUUUCAUUGAGGGUUAAUCCAGCCUCUAGUGGCUGUCUCACUGACAGCCGCUAGAGGCGCUUCUGCAAUUCUCACUGUGAAAAUCAGUGAGAAGACACUGGAUGUCCAUAGGAAAGCAUUGAGUAAUGCUUUCCUAUGGGCAGUUUGAAUGCGGCGCAUGCGCAUUCGGAGCUGACGUCGGCAGAGGGUGGAGAGUUCCUUGGCAGUGGAGAAAGGUAAUUUGCUGAAGGGGAUUUUAACCCCCUUCAGCCCAACGGGAGGGGGGCCCUGAUGACCCUAGAGUGCCAGGAAAACAAGUUUGUUUUCCUGGCACUAUAGUGGUCCUUUAAGUAUUUGGCUGCUGAUUUCAUGGCAAUUUAUGUUUAGUAGCUUGGAGGCACAAAUUGAAUAUUUAUACCAGGGCACAUGAAUGGAUGUUUAGUCCUGGCAAAUAGAAAUUCACUCUUGGUGAGCCUUGUAUGGCUUGCAGUGGCAAGAAACUUUAAUGGCCAGGCUAGUAGUAUAAGACUUCAAAUAUUAAGCCCUGUUUAUACUACAUAAAUAGCAAAUGUGCUAUGGAGUAUCACAUUAUUUGUACAGCUUAUUUAUGUUGAGGAUUUUUUUACAUUCUUAUUAACCCCUUUUAUACAAGCAUUGUGCAUUUUAUUAAUGUUUGACUCCUUGCUGUUUGUCCUUAGCCUGAUCUAGAUAUACAUGCAGACACACACUUUUUUUUUUUUUGUCCAUAUUGUCUUUAUUCUGCAUCCGUUGCCGUUUACAUUUAUUUUUUUAUUAAUGUUCUCUUAUUCUAAGAGAAGCAAACAUUUUAAAAUUUUUAAUACUUUUAAAGUAUUUUUUUUCCCAGCAUUGGUAGUCAGGAUAAUGUUAAGAGGUUGCAUAUUUCUUCCAGGGAAUGAUGAUUGAUGAAGCAGAUGAAUUUGUCUCAGGACAUCAGAAUAAGUAUAAGCGCCCCGGGGAGCCAUACCAGCAUGGAGUGCCAAAAAGGAAGCGCAGCAUGUCACCCUUGUUGCAAGGUCGACCGCAGACUCCACCUGUAAUAAAUAACCACAUAGGGGGAAAGGGGCCUCCUCCUACGGUAACCCUACCAGUCCAAACAAAACCUGUGCUAGUACACAAAUGUAUGUAUUUCUAAAGUUCACAUAUUUACUGUAUUAACUAUUAUACUCUGUUCAUUGUGUGGUGCUUUUUUUUUUUUUUUUUUUUUUUUUUUUUUUUUAAGCAACAUCCCAUCUGGAGUAUCUUAAAUCAGUGGUUUCAACCCUUUUUUUUUUUUUUUUGGCAAGGAUUGAAAUUACCGUGGCAUCAAAUUCCUCGCAUACAGUAUUAUGUAUACUAGGCAAACCUCUGUAGAACACUUUCAGUUGUAAAUCAGUUAUUGAACGUGUACCUGUUAACAGGUAUACAUUGGCUUGGUGACCCAAAGUUUGAGGAUCAAUGCAUUUCAAUGGAAAAUGUUAAAGCAAAAGAGAAAUGUGCACCAACCUAUAUAAUUUAAGGGCACAAUGUAUUACGGACAAUGUCUGUACCAUGGAGUAUAAGUUAUUUGUUGUAACUAGAAUCCUGUAAUGUUCAUGUUGUAAUCAUUUGGAAAAGUAAAAGCACUGCUUGAUAAGGAGGUGUCUCUUCUCUUGAUUGCAGAUACUGAUCAGCGCACUGAUGUUCUAGCAAAUGAUGCUAAAGUAAAUCAUGUUGAGGAACAAAGUCCUACAGACUCAUUGCCUGACAAAUGUGAGUCAUUUGAAAACUUUUCAACAAUUUCUGUGAGCAGUUUGGAUGCAAAUGCUGAUAGUGCCGAAGAUCGCGAUGUAGGGUUUGGACUCGUUGGGACGGAUCAUGGCUUCCUUGCAAAUACUACAGAUUCUGAAGAUGUAGAAAACAAUUUGGAGAAUAAUUUGUCCUUAUUUACAAACCAUAUGGAACAGCUGGAUCCAUUCCAGAGUUGGGAGGAGGUCAACACAGAGUUAAAAGCACAAAUUCUAAAAGAAAUAAGAAAACCAGGGAGAAGUAUGUAUACAAUGUACUAGGAAAAUCCUUGACUUAUUAAACUGUUUAUUAAAUAAAUCACACUAUGUAACUUUUGUUUCUUAGAAUAUGAAACGAUCUUCUCUUUGCUAAAAGAAGUUCAAGGCAAUUUACAAACCAGACUACUGUUCCUACAGAAAGUCAUCAAAGAGGCUUCAAGGUAUGUGUGGCUUUUUAAUAAUAUAAGAGGUUAUGCCACAACUAUCAUGGGGCCCAACUUGACAAGCAAAUAAGCAUACGGCCCUAGCGUUUCAGACAUCAAACUGCAUUUCUGCUGAUACCCUUGGCAAUGGACACGGUCUUAAAGAUAGCUUAUGCAGAUGAAAUCAUGACAAAUUAAAUAACAAUGUUGGCAGGUAAAGAGAUGAUGGCAGGGUGGAGGGGAGGCUGCUUAAAUGACUUUAAAAGGUAGGAGAUGUAGCCUACACUGAGACUGUCCCACCCAGAAAUCCUAUAAAUGUGUAACCAAUUUUGCUAGCAAAAUGUAACGUUAAAAUGUGGGCUCUCAUGUUAUUUAAAGUAUUUUGUUUUUUAUUUCAUUUUUUAUUUAACGUGUCAUAUUUUAUAGUAAUCUAGGGUCUAAGAGUCCAUUGAGUUUAACUUUUAAACACCGCUUUUCUAAUUUGGAAAAAUAAAGUAUUACCUAUGUUUUCACAGGUUUAAAAAGCGAAUGUUGAUGGAUCAGUUACAAGAGUUUUUGGAAGAAAUUAACAGAAGAUCGAACCAUUUGAACCAUUUGAGCUGUUGAACUAUUCAGAGAACCACUAAAAUUGAGUGGGGUGGCCUGUUCACCUCACAUUCAUUCUGAAAUCAUUUGGAACUGAAAGAUAUGAGGCAUCACCAGGGCAGAGAAUCAUGCUCGUCCUCUUAAUGUGCUUCCAAGUUUUUUUGUUUUGUUUUUUAUUUAAAUUUUUUUACAACCGAAAGUGACAAAUGAUACCAUUAAGGAGAGGAGUGCGAAGGGAGCAAUACAUAUCUUGCCCCUCUAGCACCCAACGAAUUUGUAGGAUGAUGGAAAGUUUAAAAAAAAAAAUACUCAGUGGUCAUUGGCAAAUGUGUCUAUCUCAGGUUCUACAGUGUAUUUUCUUAGCCUCCCAAUCGCGUCUACAAUAAGAGUUGCCAAAAAGAAACUUAAGAACUCUUUUUUUUAGAGAUACUUAUAUGAUGCAGCAUGAAGUUAUAUGAACCAGAAACAUUUUCGUUACAUAUGAGCUGCAGUUACAUAUCUUGACAUGUAGGUAGUUCUAUUUAUGUAAUUACAACUUAACUAGGAAGAAGCACAUGUCAUACGGUAAUAUUUUGUACAUAGUUAUUUUGAAUAUACUAUUGUAAAUUGUACAGACGUAUUUUGAAAACUAUUUAAACAGAAGCACUUUUGUUAUUUGAACAAUAAAAAAGCUAUUUUAGGUUUUGUCAAGAUGUAUUAUUUGCCUUUUUGAUAGGUGUCAAAAUAUAUGUGCACUUUGCCUAUGUGGGUGCUCAAUAACUUGUGGUUGUUUAUUGACAAGCGAUCCAAUUUUGAGCUCUAUUGGAUAAUCGAACGCGCCUUGUUUGAUAUCAUGUUAAAGGGGCAUUCUAAGACACAAUUUACUAUCUUACUAUCACUAGUUUGUGUAUAUAAACCUCCAAUAAAAAACAUGUGCACAUUUA